AUGCCCCUAGUAUGGGGUCAGUCCGCGAACCUUACAUCACGAAGCCGAGUGACACACACGAUAAAGACAGAAAACAUCACCAGACAGAGCGCCCGCCUUUACAUUCUGCCCGGCGAAUCACAGUCCACGGCGUCAGUGCCCCAGACCGUGACGGAGGAUGAUGCGCCAACUCCCACAUCCGCGACCCGCUCCCAUGCCACGCGCGCCUCGGCCUCAGAUAAGGGCACGGCCUCCUCACCUCAUUCCGGACGUCGUACGGCAUCUUCAAGCCCCGGCGAGGAGGGCUGUCUUCAUGCAAUUCACUUGGAUAUGAUUUUCCAGCCUGGAACUCGGAACCUGCCGCCGGGCCCCUUGCAACGAGGCACCUCCGUGGUUAUCUGCAACGGCCUGGCCCAAGGCGCCAUCAAGGGGAUUGUCCACGGCCGCAAGAUCGGGACUUUCUUCACAACCAGCAACAGCGUUGGCCUGGAGGUCGAGGUCUUGGCCAAGAACGCUCGUCGAGGAGGCCGGAUCCUCCAGUCCCUAAACCCGGAGGACCGAGCCUCUGCCAUUAUGACUCUGGCCGAACUUCUGGAAACAAGGCAGGCAGACAUCUUGGUUGCCAACCAGAGGGACCUCGAGGAGGCUGAAAAGACGGGCCUUUCCUCAGCCCUGAAGUCACGCCUGCGUCUGACGCCAGCCAAGCUCAACAACCUCGCUGACGGUUUGCGUCAAAUCGCCAGUGAUUCCCACGACAUGGUGGGCCGCGUCCUCUCAAAGACCCUCAUCGCCGAAGGCAUCGAGCUCCGCAAGGUGACGGUUCCCAUCGGCGUUCUGCUCGUGAUCUUCGAGUCCCGCCCUGACUGCCUCCCCCAGGUGGCGGCCUUGGCCAUGGCGACGGGCAACGGGCUGCUACUCAAGGGUGGCAAAGAGGCUGCGCACAGCAACCAGGCUCUGAUAGAGCUGGUGAAGGAGGCUCUGGGAACCGUCGGCGUUGCAGGGGCCAUCUCCAUGGUGACGAAACGCGAUGACAUCUCAGACCUGCUGCAGCUGGAGGAGUUCAUCGACCUUGUCAUCCCUCGUGGAUCCUCCGACCUCGUCCGAACCAUCCAGGAACAGUCGCAGUCCAUCCCGGUCCUCGGUCACGCUGAAGGAAUCUGCCACGUCUACAUUGACAAAGAUGCCGACCUAGAGAAGGCUGUGAAGGCAGUUCGCGACGCCAAGUGCGACUAUCCCUCCGCCUGCAACGCCAUGGAGACGCUGCUCAUUCAUGAGGAGAUCUUCAAGAACUCGGACCUGUUCACCAGCGUAUGUCAGUCGCUGCAGCGGGAGGGCGUCCGGAUCAACGCCGGGCCAAGGCUCUCUAAAAUGCUCACCUUCGGCCCGCCCGUCGCCAAGUCUUUCAAGGUUGAAUUCAGCGACCUGGAGUGCAUCAUCGAGUUAGUGUCGGACAUGGACGAGGCGAUCAACCACAUCCACCGCUAUGGCUCCUCGCACACGGACGUCAUCGUCACCGAGGACGAGGCGGCCGCUGACCGCUUCCUCAACUCCGUCGACUCUGCCUGUGUCUUCCACAAUGUCUCUUCCCGUUUCGCCGAUGGGUACCGCCUCGGGCUCGGCGCCGAGGUGGGCAUCAGCACCGCCCGCAUCCACGCCCGCGGCCCCGUCGGCAUGGAGGGUCUCCUCACAACCAAGUGGCUCCUUAAGGGCACCUACGGAGUGGCCUCCGAUUUCACCGAGGGACGCAGGAACUUUAUCCACAAGAAGCUUCCAGUCGAGAGCUUCGACCUCGACAGCAUCCACGUCGAGCACGAGAGUGCCCCAGCAGUGACAUCCACUUAUCAUGGAUAAGUCAGCGUCCAGCCU